GUUCUCGCCCGGUGCAUUGUGGUCUAUGAACCAAAGGAAGCUGCUGCACCGGAAUCUGAAGAAUUUGAGGUGUCCGCCAAGUCUGCAUCGUCAACUCGGCUCUUUGCACUAUCCUGUCUGCGAAUACACUGUGAGGUUAAAAAGAAGUGAAAAUGUCUCAAGCAGACAAAAUGAAGCAAGGCCAGUUCACCAACCCUGAGACCCCAGGGUAUGUGGGAUUUGCCAACCUGCCCAACCAGGUUCAUCGCAAGUCUGUUAAAAAAGGAUUUGAGUUCACCUUGAUGGUGGUUGGUGAAUCUGGACUUGGAAAAUCUACUCUGAUCAACAGCCUGUUCCUCACUGACCUUUACCCAGAAAGAGUCAUCCCUGGAGCAGCAGAAAAAAUAGAAAGGACGGUUCAGAUUGAAGCAUCGACAGUAGAAAUUGAAGAGCGAGGAGUGAAGCUCCGUCUCACUGUGGUCGACACACCAGGAUAUGGAGAUGCCAUCAACAGCCAGGACUGUUUCAGCACCAUUAUCAGCUACAUCGAUGACCAGUUUGAGCGCUACCUCCAUGACGAGAGCGGUCUAAAUCGAAGACACAUCGUCGACAAUAGAGUUCACUGCUGCUUCUAUUUCAUCUCCCCUCUUGGCCACGGUCUGAAACCCUUGGAUGUCCAGUUCAUGAAGGCCAUUCACAACAAGGUCAACGUGGUUCCUGUCAUUGCUAAGGCGGACACACUCACCCUCAGAGAGAGGGAGAGGCUCAAGCGGAGGAUUCUGGAUGAGAUUGAUGAACACGGUAUCAAGAUUUACCACCUUCCUGAUGCAGAGUCAGAUGAAGAUGAGGACUUCAAAGAGCAGACCAGGAUCCUCAAGGCUAGCAUCCCGUUCGCAGUUGUAGGCUCCAACCAGCAGAUUGAGGCCAAAGGGAAGAAGGUGAGGGGCCGUCUGUACCCAUGGGGCGUGGUGGAAGUGGAGAACCCCGAACACAACGACUUCCUCAAGCUGCGGACCAUGCUGAUUACCCACAUGCAGGAUCUGCAGGAAGUGACCCAGGACCUGCACUAUGAGAACUUCCGCUCGGAUCGCCUCAAACGGGGUGGCAGGUUGUCAUCCCAUGGUUACAUUCUGCCUCUGUCUCCUGCAAAGGGUCCAGAACCGGAGGAAAUGGACAAGGAUAUGAUCCUGCAGGAGAAGGAGGCUGAGUUGAGACGAAUGCAGGAGAUGAUUGCCAAGAUGCAGGCCCAGAUGCAGAAACAGGGAGACGGCGAAGGUGAAGGCCAACAUGUGUGAAAAUCCUACGGUUUUUGAGCCAGAGCUAGAGUUUGACCAGACAGAUGAAGCAGAGAAGAACUGAAUCUGGUUAUUGACUCAUACUGCCACUAUCUUUUUGUUAGUCCUUUAUGGGCUGUUUUUUUUUUUUUUUUUAAACAUUUUUUGUAAUACAUUCAGUAUAUUCAGCAGUGUUAUGUUUAUAUAUUUACACACAGUUCUAAUGGUUUAAACUCUCUCUAAGUCUUUUUUUUUUUAUUUUAUUGACCUGUUCCAGUUACUUAAAUGAAGUAAAAUGAACAAUCUUUCUAGUAUUUUUUUUUUCAAUGAAGAUCAUCUGUUACUUUUCUAUUUUUUAUUUCCUUAUUUUUUUCUUUUGAUAACAUCAAAAUAAUGCUGCUUCUAUUCAGUGCUUUUGGCUCCACAUCCGCCCUAAAAGCAUGUCAACCUUUGCUCUGUGAAAGAGCUUUAUUGGGAGAGUCAUAGUAGCAGAAAUUGCUCAAAAGUUUUUAAUCCCAUUUUCUCUUUUCUGUUUGUUGAGAGAAAAUAUGAUUUCUUGUUUCUUCUGGUUAAGAAAUGGCCACUUCUGCCGAGUGUUUCCCUUCCAUCGUGCAUGCAUCUGCUAGCCAUAUUUGUAUUAACUAAGUGCCGUGUUCAGCCUCGAUUUUCUGCCCAGUUUUUAUCUAUUAUGCAGCUCCCAGAUCAGUGUCACAAAGAUGAAGAAAAUACACAUUUUCAGCCCCUAGAAGUUUAACGACUUCAUUUAACUGUGUUCAUAUUGUGCUUUCAGUCAGAUACAUUUUCUCUACACAUCCUCUGUAUCGUCAAGUCAAAUGAAGUCAGUUAUUUUUUUUUUUCCCCUAUUGAGGUGUAAACUAUACCUGACCUACAUGCUGAGUCCUCUGUGGUUGCCAUGACUACAGAGGUUAAAAAAUGGCCCAAUAUCAUCAGUCUAGCCAACGUUUCCCUCACCAGCCAAGAUGAUGUUCUUGACAUUCCUUAGUGCUGUUUUUAUCCAAUAUUACAGUACCAAAUAUUGUUCCUGAUGCAUAUAUUGUAAUAAAGGUUUUAUUAAACUUUAUUAAUCUCUUCUGUGA